AUGCUUCAAAACUUAACCCAUUUAAGAGAGCUGUCACUUUCAAGAGUGGACAUCUCAUCCGAGUUGAGGGUGAAUUUUUUUUCAUCUUUGACGUAUCUAGACCUUAGAGAUACUAGAGCAAGAGGUAAUCUACCGAGUAAUGUUUUUCAUCUGCCAAAUAUGCGAGUUCUCUUGUUACGUGGCAGCGAGAAUCUUAUUGUUAGUUUACCACAAUUGAACUGCAGCAUUUCAAAUUCUCUGAGGCAGUUGAGCCUAUCGCAUACAAAUUUCUCCGUUGCGUUGCCAGAUUUAAUUGGGUGCAUAGGGUCCUUAAAUUCUUUAGAUCUAAGUUAUUGUCAAAUUUCUGGUGCCAUUCCCGAAUCAAUUGGCAACCUUACACAGCUUACUGAAUUAUCUCUGGAUUUUAACGAUCUUCGAGGUAAAAUUCCAGAUAAAUUUUCCAUUUCACAAAAGAUAAGCAGGCUGUUACUUAGUAACAAUUUAUUGUCCGGGAACAUUCCGAACUCACUUCUCAACCUUAUGCAUCUUGAACAGUUAGAUCUCUACGGUAAUCAACUAAGCGGUUCAAUUCCUCCGUCAAUUUUUACCAUUCCAACCCUAUCUUACCUUGACCUUUCAUUUAACCUUUUUACGGGGGUUGGGCAAGACUUGUUUGUGGACUCCAGUAAGCUUCAAAACAACGCUUUUAACAGAGAGGCACCACGGAACACUACAAACAAUGUGAGCAUUUCCUAUCCAGAUUUUGGGUCCUUGGGAUUGUCUUCCUGCCAAAUAAAGGAAUUUCCAGAGUUUCUUAGAAAUUCAGAGAGUUUAGAAGUUCUGGACCUCUCAAAUAACAUGAUUCGCAGCAAAAUUCCAAUCUGGUUCAUGUCUAAGACUUUGGAUCAGUUGCUCUACUUGAACCUUUCACAUAACUUUUUGACUGGUACCAUAGACCAACUACCUGUCACUUCACGUCUGGUGUCUCUAGAUGUGAGUUCCAACUCACUUCAGGGCCAAAUGCCUCCUUCUAUCUGUAACGCAAGUCAUCAUUGGGUUCUUGAUUUGUCAAAUAACAAUUUGUCUGGCCCAAUUCCUCAAUGCUUGGGAAACUCCAGCCAGUAUCUCGACACUAUGGAUUUGGGAAAUAAUAGGCUUUUUGGCACCAUUCCCAGAACAUUUUCAAAAGGCAACUCUCUGCGGUUUCUUAUGCUGAAUGACAACCAAUUGCAAGGGCCAGUGCCACGAUCUUUAGCACACUGUGAACAUCUGGAACUCCUUGAUUUAGGGAACAACAAGAUAGGUGAUAAAUUUCCAGUUUGGUUGGAAAUUCUUUCUAAUCUAGAGGUCCUAAUAUUGAGAUCUAAUCGAUUUCACGGAGCAAUUGGCAAUUGUCAGACGAAAAGUCCAUUUCCGCUGUUGAGAAUUAUUGAUGCAUCCCACAACGAGCUCACUGGUGUUCUACCUAAGGAAAUCCUCAACAACUUCACAGCUAUGAAAAGUUCAAAGCAUGACCAAAAGGGAGUUGAGUAUAUGGGAAGGGCUGCAAUUCUUAUCGGAAAAGGACAUUAUUACUUCCAUUCUGUGAGUUUGGUUAUCAAAGGGGUGGAGUAUAGUCUUGAAAGAGUCCUAAUAACUCGAACAGUGAUUGACUUCUCAAGCAACAGAUUCGAAGGACAAAUUCCCGAGAUUAUUGGAUCCCUUCAUUCUCUUCAAACACUAACUCUCUCUCAUAACAACUUCAGUGGCCCAAUUCCUAAGGCAUUAGGGGAUUUGAUCGGACCCAUUCCACGAGGAAGGCACUUUGAUACAUUUGGAGAUGAUUCAUACAGAGGGAAUUUGGACUUGUGUGGAUUUCCGCUGGCCAAAGAUUGUGGAGAUACAGAGGCACCACCACCAGCCACGCCAUGGGAAGCUGAACAACAAUAUGAUGAUUCUGAAUUCUUUGAUGGGUUCACUUGGAAAGCUGUUCUCCUGGGAUAUGGUUGUGGAUUAGCGCUCGGAUUAGUUAUGGGAGGUCUCGUAUUCUUGACUGGAAAACCAAGAUGGUUUGUACUGAUUGUCGAAGAGUCGUUCAACCUGCGAAGGCGACCGAGGAAAUGGAUCCACAUAGGCACUUAA